AUGAUUUUCCUGAGCAUGAAUCUGGUCGACGGCGAUUUCUGCGUCAGAAGCCACUCGGGACCACUCUGGGGACGACACAAUCCCAACACCCUCAACACCACCCACCCCGUAACCACCCUCGUCCUCGCGACCCUCGCCGCAGACAACAACGAAUGGAUAUCCGACGAAUUAUCAGACCUCCUCGGCUCAUCCACAAACCUCCACACAGCCAUCUACGUCGUCGACAACCCCCUCGCGCCCCUCCACACGCCCACCAACAAAGGCCACGAAAGCCUCGCCUACCUCUCAUACAUCAUCGACUUCUACUCCACCCUCCCAGAGAUCUCCAUCUUCCUCCACGGCCACCCCUCCGCAUGGCACAACAACCAUCUGCUGAACAUGUCGACAUCAGAAAUGAUAAGACAUCUCAACCGCGAGAAAGUCCUCCGCGAGGGCUACGUCAACCUCCGCUGCCACUGGUCCCCGGGCUGCCCGGACCACCUGCACCCGCAAGCCACAGCCUUCGACUCAACCAAAACCGAAGAGUUACACAUCGCCGCGACAUGGACGGACCUCUUCCCGGAGGAACCCCUCCCUCCUGUCCUCUCCCAACCAUGCUGCUCGCAAUUCGCCGUCUCCGCCACCGCGAUCCGAAGACAUCCCGUGGAGAAAUACAUCCUCUUCCGCGACUGGAUCCUGCAGACCCCGCUGUCCGACUACAUCACGGGGAGGAUCUUCGAGUAUUUCUGGCAGUACAUCUUCCUCUCCGAAGCGGUGUACUGCCCAGACCCGAGGAUCUGCUACUGCGAUGGGUAUGGAGUGUGUUUCGAGGAUCCGGAGGGGUAUGCAGGGUACUUUGAGUUGGUCAUGGAGGUGGAUCAGUUGAAGAAGGAGUUGGAGGCGUGGGCGAGGUUUCGGGAGGGGAAGUUGGGUGGGAGGGCGGUGAGGGAUGGGGAUGAGGGGCCGGAUCCGGUGGUUGAGGGCGGGGAUGCGAGGGAGGGGUGGUUGGAGGGGGAGAUUCGGGGGAUUGAGGAGGAGUUGGAGAGGAGGAGGGGGGAGGCUUUCGAGGUUGGGAGGGAUCCUUUGAGACGGGCGAGGGCGAUUGAGAUGGCGAGGGAUUUGACGAUGGUGGAUCCGAAGGAUGGGCCGCCGUUUUGGACUGCGAGAUGA